AACCAAAGAGCAGCGCCCGGCGUCUUCACUCCAGUUUAUGCCUCAUCCCAAGGAUCGGCCAAGGAUCCUCUUCUCGUCCAGCAUCGAACAGCAACAUCCAGCCCAGUCAUGAUCAAGUACGUGUGGCAUGUGGCGGCCCUGAUGAUCGUCUUCUGUUGGCUCUCGAGUGCCCGCAGUGCCAGCUACCAGCACCAGAACCAGAACCCAAACAGCCUCAGUUCGGGUCCCAAGCCUCAGGCCAGUAGCCCCGUCCUGGGAUCCACGGGCUUCUGGAAGGACAUGUCGAUGGUUUACCGCAUCUACCAGCAGUGCACGGGCGACAAUAUGUCCGUUUGCCUCAAGGUCAAGCUGCUAACUGGCCUGGAAAAGGCCUUCCGUUCGGCCAAGACUUUGCCGCUGACGGAGGGCAUUCAGUUCGUAAGUUCCGGUGCAGCGAGUGAGGAUCCAAAACGAGCUCCCAUCAACGAGCAGGACAUUGAAGCCGUCUUGCCCAGAAGCGUCGACGCCAAGGAGCAGGUGCUGAACAACAUGAUCCUGAAGCGGGUGGGCAACUUUCUACAGGACCACACUCUGCAGGUUAAAUUUGACUCCGAGGCAAAUUCGGUGGAGGGUCGCAAGAAGAAGGAGAAGAAGGGUAACGGCGCCAUGAUCAUGAUUCCCCUGCUGCUGGGCGGCACCAUUGUGCCCCUGGCCUACGGAGCCCUGGCCAUGCUGGCGGGCAAGGCGCUGAUCGUGUCCAAGCUGGCCCUGGUCCUGGCCUCGAUCAUCGGCAUCAAGAAGCUGCUGAGUGGGGGCGGCGGCGGCAAGGAGUCCUCCCACGAGGUGGUCGUCUCCUCGGGCGGCCAUUCCGGCUGGGGCCGGGAACUGGACACCGCCUACAGUGGCUGGAAGCCGGCAGCCAAGGAGUCGGCGGGCAGCGCCAAGAGCCUGUGAGCUCGCAUUUGCAUUUGGGAAACGGAGAAGUGGAAGGAGAUGCUGGAGAAGAUGAGAGAUUCGAGAGGGAUUGUGGAGAGUGAACCAAAGAAUCGAGCGCCGCACGAACUGUCUGACUAAUGUCUAGUUUAAUUUGCCUAAUCGAUCAUUAAUUUAACGAACUAAAUGUGUGUGUUAGGUUUAAGUAAGCGUUAAUUAAAUAUAGUAAAUUCUGCUACCCGAAAACCGUAUGAGGAGCAUUUCUUUUAUGUGUCACGGACGCUCCCUAAAAAUGAAUUUAUAAUAACAAUUACAGUUUCAUUGAAACGAGCUUACGUGCGUGCCAAAAAUGGCAGACGAAGCUGCUUCGCUUUCUACCAAACUCAACUACCUACAACUGCGGUCGAAAUAAUAGUGGCAUCUUCGUGAAUUUUAAAUUGAAGACUACCGUAAAUUGAAUGUAGUUUUUGUAGUAUUUAAGAAAUAUUUGAGCACUCACACAAGUUAUGUAAGUAAGUUAUUAAAGCAAGAACACAAAUUUUUUAAAAAUAAAACUAUACAAUUUAUAGUUAUUUAUUUUAACAUUUUGUAUAUUUAUUUUCCAAGUUGCAAGUAUCUGGAACAAGAGCAAACGAUAUUCCUAUAGCAAAUCGACAAUUUUAUUAUAUUCUAAUCAAAGUUUUUUUUUUUAGGCUAUUGCUUAUUGUUCUAGCGACCUUAUACAUAAAUUUAACGUAUGCCUACUCCUCAAGCAUUUACUUACUGAGCUUGUAACAAAUAUGAAGUAUCCUUCAUACCUUUAAAUUGAAAAAAUUGUUAAUAAAUUUGACAUCACUUUAUUAAAUUUUCUUUCAGGUUCCACAAUGCUGUGUUUUCCCAAUGCAAUAUUCAUAGAUAAAACUGCCUCGACGAUUUGCUAUCUCCUCCACAGACCAUUGUUGCGGCUGCCUACGUUGGUAUGCGACAAUUUCACUUUUGGGCCAGUGCGCAAAAUAAUAAUGAGCUGCUCAGUGUAGAACAUUGAACCUGGCUAACGACAUUCCCAGGCCCCUCGGCCAUUUAGUUGUGGGUGCCCUUUGCCGGCGCACUACUGACGUCAUGGGCCUGGGACUUUCAUUAAUUGAGAAUUACCCAAGCGCACCAGGGCAGCGGCAUGUAAACAACGCCGGAGCUGUAAACUAAAGCCGGAGCUGAGCCACCACCCGGAAUUCCAUUCCAGCCAAGCGGAAUGAAAGUGAAACUUUGAAAAGGUGUCAAAUUCGAAGAUGCCUCUGGGAAGGGUUGGGGUUGAGCGGGUGGGGCCGAAAUUGGGGAUUGUUUGCCUUGAAUGUGCGAUGCUUCAAGUUUGGCGUUAUCUCUAGAGCGAAUAUUUCGCAUGAAGAUUUGGGUCAGUCGGCGAAAUGGCCGGAGAUGAGCACGAGGGUGGGGCAUCAGGAGAUGGCUUGCAAAUUAAUUGAGCACACUCAACGGAAGUGAAGUGAACAGAUUUAUGGAAAAUACUCAGUUCAUAAAAUCUGGCUAACAAGCCUUGCCAUCAAAUUAAAAUCCUAUUACUAAUCUCUCUCAAGUGAAUUAAAAAUAACUUGUGCCUGUUACUAUUUGACCAUAAUUCGAAAUCCCAGAUUAGUUUAACAUUGCAUCACACAAUGUUUGAAGUGCCAUAGUUUAAAUUGUAUAAAAUGUAAGCAAUGAAAUUACUUUUUCACUUUCAUUGCACACGCACAAACUUAACAUACAAUUGAGUUUGGACUUUAGCUACAAAUAUUUUUUCAACUUUAGAAUACUCUUUCUGAGA